ACUUUUCCUUCGCUUCAAAGUCUUCCUUCCUUCGUUCGUUGCCAUUCCAUCCGCCCCCGAGAAGCUCACUCUGUUUAUCUCUCUUCAGCAAUGGCGGAUUCGAGCCCUUACACCAAACCCCAUUUCACAUUAUCUCAGGCGAACGCGCCGAUCCGACCGAAACCCAAUAUCAACAAAGCUUAUGGGUUAUUCAGUAGAAGAAAUGUUGAGCCUGACAUGGAAAUAGAAACUCAAUCCAUUGUUGACAAUACAUCUUGUUAUGUCUCCACAAUGUUUCCCGUUUCAUCUGUUCUUAGCGACGAGGGUGAAAAUCCAUGUGGGUAUGAUGAGAAUAGGAUGAUGAUGCAUUGUAAUUGGAAUUAUUCGCAGUACUAUGAAAAUAAUGCUCUUGCGGUAAUGGAUGAACAAUACAAACCCCAAUCGCCUCCUCCAGAAGAUAACUUCUCUGAUGGUAGAUAUGAUGAAACCAAUGUGGUUCAAGCUUGGAAUUCUGAGUACUAUCACAGACAGCCAAUGGUUGUUGUGACUCAUCCAUACUACACGAUUGGUGAAUGUGAUGAGAUUGUAGGUUAUAAACCAUUAGGAUUACCAGUUAGGAGUCUAAGAUCUACUGCUGGAGAUUUAGACAGUCCUGUUCGUACCAAUGAAAGUGAUUCAAGUUCUGGUUCAAGGGGUUCAUCUAGGCGUUCAGUUAAGAGUAGAGAUAGGAAAUUUGGGGAUCUGGGUCCUUACGAUAUUGACCAAAAGCUUAAUGAUGCUGUUGGAUCUGCUUCUCCCAUUCCAUGGCGUUCAAGUUCUAAAAAGAUGAAAAAUGAAGAAAAUCAUGGAAUAUUCAGUGACGCUACUGCAUUAGCUUCUUCCAUUCCAUGGCAAGAAAGGUCAGCAGAAGGGGUGGAAAUUGAAGAGAAUCAUGGAGAGUUUAGUAAUGUUGCUGGAUCUGCUUCUCCCAUUCCAUGGCAUUCAUGGUCUGGAAGGAUGAAAAAUGAAGAAAGUUUUGGCAAGUUUAGUGACGUUGCUGCAUCAGCUUCUUCUAUUCCAUGGCAAGAAGAGUCUAAAGGGGUGGAAGUUGAAGAGAAUGAUGGAGAGAUUAAUCAUGUUGCUGGAUCUGCUUCUCCAAUUCCCUGGCAAGCAAUGUCUAGAUGGAUGGAAAGUGAAGGAAAUUGGGACAAGUUUAAUGAUGUUAUUGGAUCCUCUUCUAUUCAAUGGCAAGAUAGCUUUAGAGGGAUGGAAAUUGAAGAAAAUCAUGGAGAGUUUGCUGAAUCUGCUUCUCCAAUCUCCUGGCAAACAAGGUCUGAGGCAAUAGAAAGUGAAGAAAAUCACAGGAUAUUUGAAGAAAAUCACAGAAUAUUUAAUGAUGCUCCUGGAGCGGCUUCUCCAGUUCCAUGGCAUUUGACGUCUGAAAAAAUGGAAAGUGAAGAAAAUCAUGGUAGCAUUGCCCAUCCUUCACAUUUUAGGCCUCUUUCAGCUGCUGAAACCAAAUCAGAGUCGUUCAACUCACAGGUUUUUCAGAGUAGAUCAUCUCUCUCAUCACACAGAAGCACAUAUUCUUCAGAUUCUAUUUUAUCAGAUAACAUGAACUUAGAAUCAGAAGAGAUGGGACAAAAGAAGACUUCUGAUGGAUCGUCUUCUGAAAAAAUGAACUUCCAAGAGGAAGAUUCAGGAGAAAAUUUGGCUUCCCGUGGGUCUUCCCCGAGAAUCAGAAAGAUGGCAACCAGGGAAAAAUAUGCUACUGUUUCUCGUCCUUCACAUUUUAGGCCAAUGUCAGUUGAUGAAACUCAAUUUGAGUCACUUGGUUCGCAGUCUUUCAAGUCUACAGGGUCUUUGUCAUCACGAACAAGUUUAUUAUUGUCUUCCUUGGACUCUGUCCCAUCAGAAAACUUGAACCUGCCCAAGGAAGAUGCAGGGGAAAAUAAGAGUUCUCAUGGUCCUUCAAGUUCACCAUCACCACCAGCUAGAAAAAGGACUGAAGAAGCUUCAUCAAACGCAUUUCAUUCCCGUGCAUAUAGUGUUGGUUCCCUGCUCGAGGAUGGCUCGAAAAGUGGCCUGAAAGAUGAAUGGAUUGAUUUGAAUGGGAAUGGAAGUGAGGAUCAAUCUCGCAACAAAGUGGCAGGAUUGCAUUUGCAAUCAGACACUGAAAAGAAUAGAAGUUUAGCCAAAGCUCCUACAAAGGGAAAAUCAGUUAGAACUAGGAGAACCAGUGGAUUGACUUCUGAGACAAUGAUGAGAACAAGAGAUGUGCACAGUAAGCAAACUGAUGAGAGGGUGGAAAAGAAGCCUGAUAAUGUUGAAUCUGUGUUGAUUAGAAGAGAAAAAUUGAGAAAAGGAGGACCUGAUCGUCCUUCGAAAGGCAGCAAUAAACAAAACACUGAUCUUCCCUGUCCUAAGCCUGAAGGAUCAUUUUCCUGUUAUCCUAAAAGGGAUAAGGAAGAACUAUCAAAGAAUGUGGAAAAAGAAGACUUGUUUAUUGAGCCUGAAAGCUUGAAGAUGAGCUCACACGAAGAUAGGGUGUCUGAAUGUGUCAACGAUUCAGGAUUGGAUUCUGAGGUUGAUAAGAAAGCUAGUGAGUUCAUUGCAAAGUUUAAAGCACAGAUUAGACUUCAGAAACAAGCAUCAAUGGACAGAUCAAGAGGGCCAAGUACAAUGAAAAGAGUAUUAGGUGAUACAUGAAACAUCUGCAGUUUCAAUUUCCUGUGGUUUCUAACAAGAUAACUGCGGAGUUUCUCAAGAGAUCAUCUAAUAUACUGUUUUCAUGGAGCUUUCUCCGUUUUAACAUUGCUUUCAGUGGUGCAGCUUCUUUCUGUUAUUUGUUUUCUAUUCACAUUUUUUCUUCUGCACCUUGUAACGGUAUAAAAAAGUUGUGUUUACAUUGAUUCUGGAAACGUGACAUUUGAUUUCAAUCAUGUAGAUCAUGGAUCAAGUCUUUGAACUGUUUUAACUAUCAAAGAUUCUACUCGAGUCUAGACAUAGUUCUGUUCUGCC